AAGGCGGAAGCGGCUUCCGCACGGAACUGGCUUGGGAGCGGGGCUAUGGCUGCAGGCGUCCCCUGUGCGCUCGUCACCAGCUGCUCUUCCACCUUCACCGGGGACCGGCUGGUGCAACAUAUCCUUGGAACAGAAGAUCUUACUGUGGAAGUGACUGCCAAUGAUGCCGUGAGAUUUUAUCCCUGGACCAUUGAUAAUAAAUACUAUUCAGCAGAUAUCAAUCUAUGUGUGGUGCCAAACAAAUUUCUCGUCACUGCAGAGAUUGCAGAGUCCAUCCAAGCCUUUGUGGUUUACUUUGACAGCACACAAAAAUCUGGUCUUGAUAGUGUUUCCUCAUGGCUUCCACUGGCAGAAGCAUGGUUACCUGAGGUGAUGAUCCUGGUCUGUGAUCGAGUGUCUGAAAAUGGUGUAAGCCGACAAAAAGCUCAAGAAUGGUGUAUCAAACAUGGCUUUGAAUUGGUGGAACUUAGUCCGGAAGAGUUGCCUGAGGAGGAUGAUGACUUCCCGGAAUCUACAGGAGUAAAGCGAAUUGUUCAAGCCUUGAAUGCCAAUGUCUGGUCCAAUGUAGUGAUGAAGAAUGAUAGGAGCCAAGGCUUUAGCCUUCUCAGCUCGUUGGCUGGAGGAAACCAUAGCAUUGGGUCAGCAGAGACCUGUCCCUCAGAGCAGCCCCAUUUGCCAGCAGCAAAUAGGACUGAAUCCCCCUUGGAUCAUCGGGGUGGUGCAUCUAGCACAACAGACGCUCAGGUUGAUAGCGUUGUGGAUCCCAUGUUAGAUCUGGAUAUUCAGGAAUUAGCCAGUCUUACUACUGGCGGAGGAGAUUUGGAGAAUUUUGAAAGACUAUUUUCAAAGUUAAAGGAAAUGAAAGACAAGGCUGCGACGCUUCCUCACGAGCAAAGAAAGUUACAUGCAGAAAAGGUGGCUAAAGCAUUCUGGAUGGCCAUUGGGGGAGACAGAGAUGAAAUUGAAGGCCUUUCAUCUGAUGAAGAACACUGAAUUAUUCACACUAGGGUUUGACUGACAAGAUGCUAAUUCUGUCUACCUGAGAUGCUUCCCUGCUCAACCCAGUUACAUUUUGAACUUCCCAUCAUCAUGUUGGCCACCUGACUUGUUCAUAGGGUCCCCUUAAUUCUAGUUUUUAGUAGAGGUUAAGGAGAAUUCUUUUCUUCCUCAGUAUAUUAUAAAGGAGUGAGGAGUAUAAUGACAAUAAGGAGUGAUAAUUUUUCAAAUAUACUUUUGUGUUCUAGAAACAGGAAUGAAAUGAGGCUCGGAGGUCUGUGUGAUUUGCCCAAGUUAAAGAAGAACACCACUAGGACAUUCCUAGUCGACCUUUUAAGGAGCUUUCCCUGCAUUCACACUUGAUUACAGUGGAUCCGGAGCUGGUACCACCUCUCCUGGCU